AUUGCGAACGGAGGAACGGACGGACAUAGUCCAAUGGGCGUAUCGGGGCGCUUAUUAGCCGCUUAAUAAAGUUCUAUCGUUUUGUUGAAUUGACGAUCAUUUACCGCUUUAGUUCCCAAUAAAUUAUUUUACAACAAUUUGUCUGAUGAGAGAAACUACAAUGGCCGAGCCCGAGAGGCCGGUUGUUAGUAGAUCACAGAAAGUCGUCGACUACGGCAGCACGAUCCAGACGAGAACAUACGCGGCGAGAGCAGCACGACAAGCCUCAUUUGUUUUAAUCGAAUCUGCGCAACGAUAUUCAAAAAUGUCCCACAACACACUGUCCCCGCACGAAUCUCAGGACCGAUGGCAGAGAGUGGAGUUCUUUCUGAACGUUCUCAAUCAAAUCUGCAUUGGUUUCGUAACCAUCUAUAUUUCAUACCUGACACUGCGGACUGGACUCGAAGGCACUAGUCUGCAUGCUUGGCUGGUCACCAUUGGGUUCUCCUUCUUCAUGGCCGAGGGUGUCAUGAUCCACUAUGGCGGCAAUGUUCUCACACACAGUUACAAGCGGCAUACAAAGACCACAAUACAUUGGAUAGUCCUAACACUGGGCGGAUGCUGUGGAGCAUCUGGAGCCCUAAUCAAAAUGAUACAGAAAGGUUUCUCUCUCCACUCAACGCACGGAAAGCUGGGUUUUACUGCAUUUGUACUGUGCAUACUGGCCAUGACCUCUGGCCUGAGUGCACUCUUCUCCGCUCGCGUGAAAAGGCUGAUCACCCCAUUGCUGAACAAGACCUUUCACAACUUCUUGGGAUUCGCUUGCUUUGUCAUUGCAUUGGUGACCCAGUAUUACGGCUACCAGACGGGCUACUUUACGAAUCGCAGUGAGACGGACUUUCAGAUUCUGAUGAAGUGCCUCACCCUCACGUCGCUGGUUCUGUCGAGCUAUGGCCCAAUGAAAGCGCUCUAUCAGAAAUGUGAAAACAUUUCUCGUCAGUUUUAAGAUGCAAGAUUUUAACUAUAGCUUCUAUCGAAUGUACAUAAAUAAAUAUAAUUUGUUUCAUAAUUUA